GUGAGAGGGCGAUAUUAUAUAACCUAAACUUGUCUAAGAUUAAACACGUUAUUUGUUGACGUACGUCCAUGUGUAUUAUGAUGUGUAUAUGUUAAUUAAUUCUCGAUUAUCAAAUGAUAAGAGGUUGAUUGACAUCUGAAUGACAGAUUAUGACAGGUCAACCCAGUGUAAAAAAAAUCCAUUUUUGUAUAAUUUGAACCAAUUAAGAAAGAAGUAGAACGAUGGAUUUGCAUAAUCGUUAUUUACGUCUCUCAACACUGGACCUCUCGGUUUUACGAACCAUGGCAAAUAACUGCGAAUUUGUGAAUGACACGUUCGUUUCCCAUCAUAGUUUCUUACAAUUUUAUAGGGACGAGAUGACUAAAAAACAAUUGGAUCUAAAUAAACUUGAGAUCUGUCGAAUGCUGUUAUGUCACGAGUAUCAACUUGCGUUUAAUGCUAUCGAGAGUUUUGAUAAUAAGAGAUAUCUACCACGCAAUAAGUGCAAAGAAUAUUUGAAUGAAAAGAAUAUUUGUUUCUGUCUUCCUAAUAUAGAAGCAAUUUUUUCACCGCAUUAUCUACGAACUACUUCGGAGAUUGCAAUUUUGUGUGACAUAAUCACUCUGCAAAUGAUACUCUAUUGUCAUUAUGCCGAGUCAAUAAAAAAAUACUUAGAACAUUUUCUCAAGUCGAGUUAUACCUAUUUCACAAACAGCAAUAGUAGAAUUAUAUAUAUGAAGUUACUGGAACAUUCAGAAUUUCUACAUUUGUAUCAAUUUCUUCGUAAUGAUAACAGUAUCAGCAAAGAAGAAUUAGAAAAAUUUAGUUUUAUAUUUUUGAAUAUUGUGAAAUUAUGGAUAAAGAUGAAGGAAGAAGAUUCUGAAUGGAGAUUGCUUGCUUCAAUACUUCUAUUAGCAAAAACUUUUGCUCCUGAACACAUUCUGUUUCCACUGUGGGAUUAUAUUUUGAAUGAAAUAAGCGACUUGAAAGAAUCUCUUAUUGUCCUAAGUAUUAUAAUGGAUACCUGUUUUACAUCGUCCUGUUCGAUAGAUCUCACUUAUAUACAUAGUGAUAUUUAUACCAAAAGCACAUUCUGGUUAAUAAUAUUAAAAGGAUUACGAUCAUCUUUGCAACAAUAUCGUAAACAAGCUUUAUAUGUGAUGAGAAAAGCAAUCAAUUCUUUGAAUGAAAUUUUUGUACUUAAGUUUGCAGACUUGAGAUUGACAAAGGCUCAAAUUACUCCAUUUAUUUGUAGUAAAUCUAACGAAACAGUUUCAUCAAUAGAGUGCAUUAAGCAGAAUUUCUUCUUGGUAUACGAAGCAUUAGAAGAAAAACAAUACCACCUAGUAGCACCGGCUUUAACUCAUGUAACUAGUUUAAUAAAGGUGAACAAAGAGCAUAAAUCCUACAAUGACUGUUUCGACAUUGUAUGGUUGCAAUGCAUUCUUGAAAAAGUUUUGCAGCAUGAAAAUAAUAAUAUUGUAAAGUGGGGUGUAUCGCAAAUUUGUAAGUUAGAUGAGACUGCGUUUGACGAACAAUUUUUAAAAUUAUUUGUUAAUGUUCUCAAUAAUACUUUUCUCUACGAAUGUCAACCUAAUGAAGAAUGUCCAGAAAUUUUGAAAGAACUCUCGUUAUUCUUUGAACGCGCCGAGGAAAGUAAUUUACUAAAUAAUUUUCUGAAAAAAGUUAGCAAGGUAGCCUGGGGUCCUGUAGCGAUAUUUUACAUAUUACACAUGUUACGAAUAAUUUCGUAUAAGGAAAUAUAUAAUUGGCAAGCCAGCGAAUUGAAUGCCGUUAAAUCUUUAGUGGAGACAAACCUGAAUAUUCAUUCUCAUAUAUUACGUACUGCGUCUCAAAUUGAACUUUUAAGAGCGAUCCCCAAUUAUGUGCAAAAGAUAGACGAUCCGAUAUUGCUCGCUAAUACUUUAGCUGCGUUUCCUUCCGAAGAAGGUUUUAAAAGAGGAACAGCUUCCUGGAACGUUGUUACAACAUGGUUGAGAAAAACAUUAGUGAAAGAAGACGCCAUAAUUCUUGUAAAGAACACUUGUUCGAAAUAUUUAUACCAAGAUACCAAUCCUGAAGUAAAUCUUAGGACGUUCGCGUUGCUAAUACAUCUAUUACACGAUGCGGAUCUGAUACUAUCGAGUAAAGCAUGUUGCGUCAAGAAAGUAUUAAACAAUUGGCUGUGUACGUUAAAUGGUGUCAAUAUGAGACCUUACGCCGACAUCCAUUCUAGUAUCAAUGCAGUGGAAUUUAUAUCGCAUUUAUUAAAUCUUUCCACGACGGAAUCCUUCAACAGCGUGAUGGACUUGAUAUUAUUAUACGUACCCACUACUUUUAAAUUCCUAAUUAAAAAUGUAAGAAAGAUGACUGAAGAAUUAACAUAUGAAGAUUAUACGAGAUACAUAGCCAUUAUGUCUUCUCAUAUAGUUAACGCGUCAAUGUUUCUGCCGAAGAAAGAUGUGAAAAAUUAUGUGGAAGACCUGCAAAACGAAAGCAUACGUUUGUUGAGAGAUACGCAACAUCUAAAUACGCGAUAUUUGUACGGAUUACACAUUUUAUAUCUUUCCCAGAAUGUUUCGGUUCUGCCACUCGCGACAGCUUUUUAUGUGGAAUUGUUAAACAUGCAAUCGAUUCCGACGAACGUUAAUAAUGAUGACAAUGAGGCAAAUUUGAGAGGAAAAAUUGCGUCGAAAUAUUAUUUGCUUCUUUCGAAACUCAUGCGUCAAUAUCUGACAAAUUGUUCUAUGCAUUCGUGGAUUUCUACUAGCACACUGUUGUCUAAUCUACUGAAAUUUCUCGAGUUUGGGGGAACAGAAAUCAUUUCUGAAAUAGCAACGAUAUUAACUGUGAUGAUCGACAAUAAAGUUAUAAACCAUACGAGUGACAGAGAAACUUUGGAAGAUCUUUUUAAAUCUUGCUGGAGAUGUACCCUCGUCAGUAAAAAGAACAAUGUUUUUUGGGCAGCGAUGCAGAACCUUAUAGGAGUUAUUAUUAAUAAUAAUUUGAUUUUGCCCAAUGCUGCAAAUUUUAUAACACAAUUUGUCGAUCAAUUAAUAGAGGAAGGAGAUGGUACGCCGAAAUUUAAGAGGAUAUUACUUUCCAAAAUGAAACUCUUGGACGAAUGUAAUUUGCUGAAAUUAGAAAGACCAUUAUUGAGUUGCCUUCUUCAUGGCUCUGUACUUCGACGAGACAAAAGAAUUGAAAAUCAGGCUCAUUUAUUUAUUAUCAAGCAUUUGGGCCAAUAUUAUCCAAAGCAUAUCUUGGGAUUGGAUCAUAAUAAUGAUGCUGCAGUUAGAGCAGAGGCGACUGUAUUGCUACAUAAGAUAAUUAGCCAUUUGGAAUUAAAUUAUGCAGCAAUAAUUGUGCCACUUAUACUCGAAAUAUUAGAAAAAUACAAAAAUAAGAGAUACUUUAAUGAUUCUUAUGUACAUAAAUUAAAGCAUAGAUUAAUGCAAAUUUUAUUGAUACUGGAACCAAUAUUAAGCGAGGAACAUGUUGUUCUACUACAGGAAAAAUUAUGUGAUUUAAUUAUUUCGGAAAGCAAUCAACAUAGUGUGAGGUUGAUGCAAGAAUGGCUGUUGAUACGAAUUUUUAAGAAAAAUAUUAAUUUACAUAAUAACCUAUGGAAAUUUUUCAUAAAGAGUAUAGAAGAGCGACCAGGAUGCACAAUUUCUGUAGCCAGUAUUGUCUAUCAUGUCGCGCAACUUCUUUCGAAUGAUAAUCAGAAAAAUUUUAUUCAAACAGCUCUACCAUACAUAGCGCAAUGCUGUUUAGGUCAGCAAUUUAAUGUGCGUCUUUAUAAUCAGUUUAUUUUGACACAAUUAUAUGAAUUAAUGAAAAAAAGAAAUGAUGAUAAUCUAUCAGAAUACAAAGCCAUAUAUCAGGCAGCUAUGGCUAGUUUGCAACAAGAUAGUUUGAAAAAGAAUUCGACUAGGAUACAGGAUGAUUUUUACUUUUCAAGUUUUCAUCCAAUUGAAAACUACAGUUUGCAGACAAUUUACUAUGAAUUACCACGAUUGACUAAUAUAAGUUCUGAUGAAUGGAUCAGUCCAGACAUAUUCAAAACCUUCAUGUUUGAACAUAAUGAUAAUCAUCCUCUACAACUUUAUAAUACUGAUUUAUUUCUGUCUGAGAUUAAAACUUCUAUAUACCUCGCAAAAUCUCUUACAGGUGAUACCGAAUCAUUAGCAAACAAUGUUGAAACUUAUUUGGAAGGUUUGCACGAUAUUCAGAAAAAGAUUGAUCCAUCCAAGAAUACAAUUCCAUUAUACAGUGAUAUGUUUGAAUUAAUGAAAGAAUCCAUACAGCAACAAGAUUUAUAUGAAGAAGGUCUGAUAGUUGUAGCAUCUUUUAUCAAUCGACCACCAAAUUUAGGUGGAAUUGCCAGAACAUGCGAAAUAUUUGGAGUCAAGGCACUAGUUAUUGCAAAUUUGGAUUGUAUAAAGGAUAAAGAGUUUCAAAGUCUUAGUGUAUCAGCUGAAAGAUGGAUAAAUAUGCUACAGGUGAAACCACACGAGUUACAAAAGUACUUGCUCGAGAAGAAGAACGCGGGAUGGUCUCUAAUCGGUGCUGAACAAACAGCCAAUAGUAUAAAUCUGCUGCAAACAAAAUUCGAGAAAAAGACCAUUCUCGUUUUAGGGAAUGAGAAGGAUGGUAUACCUGCCAAUUUUAUACCACUCUUUGAUAAAUGUGUAGAAAUACCUCAAGUAGGAGUAAUACGAUCGUUAAACGUUCAUGUUACUGCUGCGAUUUGCAUAUGGCAGUAUGCGAGUCAACACAUGUUAAAACAAUAGUUUCCUCAAAUUUGUAAGGUGCAAAAUAAUGCAAGAUAAAUUUUUAAGAAAUAAAAGAAUUUACUGUAAAA